GUUUAUUCUUAUUUCUAUUUUCAUGGCAUUGUUUAGUGAAAACCCCCAACUUAAAUGGAGGAGGAAGAAAGCGGAAGCUGUCCUGGUGGUCGCCUCUGCUUUUAUCUGCAACGUUUUAAUCCACAGUGUCAUUGUAUCACUUCAUCUGUAUUUUGCUGAACUGAAUCGAGAAUAUCCAGAUAACCGUGAACUUAUAUCAGUAAUUAUAUUCUUACCAGAAGCAGUUUACGGAUUAAUAGGACUUGUAAGUGGAGUGUUCAUAAGCAGGUUUGGUGUGCGGACAACAGCAAUGGUCGGUGUUUUGGAAAUAAUCAUAGGACUUGGUACCUCAGUGGUUUCUCCAAAUCUGCCUUUCUUGAUGUUUUCUCUGGGGAUCUUAUCAGGCAAAGGCUGUUCGUUUGUGUACUUCUCUCUGAACGUGGCUCUCUUUACAUACUUUCCAAACGUUGGUCGCCAGUUGGUCUCCUUGGUCAGUGUUGGUGAAGGUGUUUGUUUUAUUUUUGCUCUUCCUUUGAUCUCAUACUUCAUUGAAUCUUACGGUUGGCGGUAUAGUUUGCUUUUACUGUGUGGCAUCGAAAUGCACUGUAUUCCGUUCGCACUUAUCUACAGCAUGAAAGCAGGCGUCGCACAUGGUAAUUGCAAAAUGUCCAGCCAUUCUACAAGAGCAGCCAUACGAACGGCCUCGUUUUUUGAAAGCAAGAAAAAUCCACCGGCAUCAAACGAGAACCAUGCGAAUCAGCCACAAAAUAACGAGAGGAAAGAAGAUCAAUGCAAUCUGUAUUCAACUGCUACAACAAAUAAAGCUUUUGAAGACACGGAAUGUGAUGACGCUAAUAGCGGUGAUAAAGAUUCCACAAACGAUAAACCAGAACAUUUAAACUCACCACGGUUGAAUGACUCCCCUAUACCAAAUGACGAUGACAGUUCGAUAGAAGUGGAGCGACCCGAGUCCAAGGAAAAGCAUGGAAUUAAUUUAAAAAGCUGGAGAAAUUUAGCCGCAAAUAAAAUGUACAUGUUAGCUUUAAUAUCGGCGACCACCUUUCUUAGUACGUCAAUGGUCAUGCUGACGAUUCUUCCUGAUUUUUGCAUGCAGCACGGCUUGUCACUCUCUCAAGGAGCUUGGAAUAGCGCAAUAUCUUCAAUAGGGGAUAUCAUCGCACGUUUUUUGGGUUCCUGGCUUCUUCAUUCGAAACUGUUACCGAGCAUAGUGAUUUUUUCCUCAGCGAUCAUCAUAUGUGGGAUUGCAAUGUCGGUCUUUAUCGCCGUCAACACAUUGACUUAUAUCACCCUGACUUCGUUCUUUUUCAUGUUAUUCAAUGGACUCGCUUACUCUCAGUACGGUGUAAUCUUCUUGGAUCUUGUCGAUUUAGAGGACUACGCUCUGGGGAUGGGCCUGAACGAAACUCUUGCUGGCAUUGGUCUCUUACUGUGCGGUUAUCUAGUCAGUAAGUAUCUCUAAACAUUUUUGGUAUUUCCUCAAGUGAUUGGACAUGUGUGUAGGCAUGCUCAUAUACGUGUGUGCGCAUGUGCAGGAUUAUGACUAGAGAUAUAUGUGUAUGCAUGCAUGCGUGUCUGUGCAUGAGUCUGUAACGGUGAAAGAUUAUUUGUAGCUGUGAGAUUUGUUGGUAAGAUGUAAAAAAUGGUCACUGCAUGAGGUUUUAAGAAAAUACUUAUUUACCGACGAAGGACAAUCAUCCUGAAACACGUGUCCCUAGAUGCAG